AUGAUUCUGUAUGGAUAUUUUGUUUUAUUUGCUUUAAUAAUAUCUGCAAGUGGCAAAUAUGAACAAGAUGAUAACGAUUCUGAAGAAGAUCUUAAGAGUAUGUUACGACGUUUUGACAAUAGAGAAGACUUGAUUGAACGACGUCGUGAACAUAAUGAUAAUACUCAUUCAAUUAACGAUUUAUCAGAAAGAAAGAUACAUGGAGCUCCAGGUGGUGCACCACUUCUAAAUAUAACUGUUCAUCAUCGUGGUUUUUAUUAUGUUUCAGUAAAAAUUAACUAUCUUCGAAAUGGAUUACAAGAUGAAUAUGAAACCGAUUCAUUUUUUGAUGGUACAAAUAAAGUAUUUCCUUUACAAAAAAAUCCAACGGAUGAUAUCAAAUAUGUACGCAUACGUUUUCAUGUCUCGGUAUCUGAUGAUGUUUUUGGUGAUUUUCAAAUUCUUGAUCCAAAAGGUGCUGAGCUUUGUUUUGUUCUUUCUGGUACAAUAUUCAGUCCAGUCUAUAGUAUAUGUGCAAAAGGUGAAAAUUAUUCAGGCAAAUAA